AUGUCCAAUUGUGGCAUGAAGCCAGACGAGCAGCCAGACAUGAUCAUGAUGUCUCGUUAUGCUGACGUCGAUCUGAAUGAAUCGCCCAUCGUCGUUCUCGGUUGCGGGCAUUUCUUCACCACUGAAACUUUGGACGGACUAGUCAGCCUCAAAGACGUAUAUAGCGUCGAUGCGAAGACGGGCGCCUUUACCGGACUGAUUGAGGACGCCGAGCUGUCCGCAUCGAUUCCACAAUGCCCCAAUUGCCGAGAGCCUGUCAAGCAGUAUGCUACCCAGCGCUACAACCGGCUCAUCAACCGAGCUGUCAUCGAUGAGAUGUCCAAGCGCUUCAUCGUCAACGGUCAACAAGACUUGCAGCAACUAGAAGGCCAGCUCAUGGAAGUCAGGAAGGACCUCGAAAAGUCGCGCAUGUCGGUUGUUCCCGAUAAGCCAGUCCAGCUCCGCGGUCAGGAAGCUCACGAGUUCACCAUGCAGUCCAUCAACGACGAGAUCAAUAAUCGCGCAAAGGAUACUACCAAUCUACUAAACGCAGUUAAGGCCUUCCAGUAUAGGAUGGGUAUCCGACACCAACCAACGUACAAGCUACACCAGGCGACCGUGCAUAGUAUGGCGCGAAGUGAACCACUGGAUGUUGAGCUCGCAAGGUUGACAAUCGACUCUUCCGAAAAAUCUGCCAAACGCGAUCGCGAUCAACGCAUCACCCUCGGCGGCGGCCUGCUCGAAAUCAAGGUACGCUGUUUAGUGCUUGAGGAGAACUUCGAGAUCAUGCGUACUGUGGAUCAGAAGCAUUUCCAGAGUACCUUGCCUCUCAAAUUUCCCAGUGGUUCACCCGUCGCCAAGACGGAUCAAUUCCUCAAAGACACCAAGAGGCUCAUUGAUGACUGCAUACGUGAGAGUCUGCCUAAACUUGCGGUUGAGGCUACACUGCACUACGCUCGAAUCGCCGAGUUCUUUGGUAGUGCUCAGUCUGGUCAGAACAACGAUCGCGAAAAGGCCAUGAAUUACCGCAACACCGCCAAGGACCUGUUGUCAAAGGCGGACACGCUUUGCGAGAGUUCCUUCAGUGGACGGGAUAACUUGCGACAAGCUGUCGUCGCUGCAUCGAAGAUGCUCAACAAGGAAUUCUACGAGGCAGUAUCCAAGGAAGAAUUGGAGUCUAUCAAAAAGGCCAUGGUCAGCGGACGUGGCGGUAUCGCGACUCAUUCUGGGCACUGGUACAAGUGUGUGAACGGCCAUCCAUUCGCCAUCGGAGAAUGCGGCAUGCCCAUGCAACAAGCGCGCUGUCCGGAGUGCGGUCAGCCCGUCGGUGGCCAGAACCAUACUGCCGUCGCUGGAGUAUCACGCGCCAGGGAGAUGGAGGACUGA